CACCAGCUCGGUGUCGGACGGUCCCAGCCUCAGCCCCGCACCAUGGCGGAGAGAAGCGGCCGGUUGAGCUUCCCCGGGAGCGGAGCUCUCAACAGACCGGUCCCCAUGAACCUGUUCGCCACAUGGGAGAUAGACGGAUCCUCCCCGAACUGCAUCCCGAGAUUGUGCAGUCUGACUCUGAAGAAGCUGGUUGUGAUGAGGGAACUUGAUAAAGAGCUGAUCUCUGUGGUCAUAGCGGUUAAAAUCCAGGGCUCCAAACGGAUCCUGAGGUCCCAUGAGAUAGUGCUGCCACCCAGUGGGUCUGUGGAGACCGAUCUGGCUCUCACCUUUUCGCUGCAGUAUCCUCACUUCCUAAAACGAGAAGGAAACAAGCUGCAGAUCAUGCUGCAAAGGCGGAAGAGAUACAAGAACCGGACUAUCUUGGGCUACAAGACUCUGGCAGUGGGAUCCAUUGAUAUGGCCGAGGUGAUGCAGCACCCGACGGAGGGAGGCCAGGUUUUGCCUCUCUGCAGCAACCAGAAAGAGCUGCUGGGGAAGGUGGCCGAGAUCUGGAUCUUUUCUCUGUCCAGCCAGCCAAUCGACCACGAGGAGGCCGCUCUGCAGGGAGGACAGAAGAUAAAAUGCUCCGAUAACUACUCGGAGGAGGAGUACGAGAGCUUCUCCUCGGAGCAGGAGGCCAGCGACGACGCCGUGCAGGUCCAGGAUCUGGAGGAUGACGAGUACGACGUGAGAAAGCCAAAGAAGCAGAGGAGGUCCAUUGUGAGGACCCCCUCCAUCACCCGACAGCAGAACUUUAAGCAGCGCGUGGUGGCUCUUCUGAAGCGCUUCAGAGUUUCAGAUGAGGUGCUGGACUCGGAGCAGGACCCUGCAGAGCCGCCCCCCGAGGUGGAGGAGGAGGACCUGGACCUGGACAGCGUGGAGUUCGAGAACCCGAGUGACAGCGGCCCGGAGCUGGACGACGACGACAGCGUCCUCAGCACGCCGAAACCCAAACUCAAGCCAUAUUUCGAGGGUCUCUCCAUCUCCAGCUCUCAAACGGAGAUCGGCAGCAUCCACAGCAUCCGGAGCCACCGGGAGCCUCCGAGCCCGAUCGACCUGGAGAAAACCAAGUGUGCCGGGGCCAAGUUUCCAGAUGACGGCGUGUCUGAUAACGUCUCCUUUGAGCAGCCCGAGGCGGUGACUCCCACCACGGAGCUGGAGAUGGACAACAUGGACACUUUUCUAGAGCGACUGCCACCGAGUGGCAAAAUGACCAAGACAGAGUCCCUAAUCAUUUCAUCCAACAGGCAGGAACCGAAGUUGGCAGGGAGGCGAGGCCGGAGCACGUCGCUGAAGGAGCGGCAGCCCAGCAGGCCGCAGAACGAGAGGGCCAACAGCCUGGACAACGAGCGGUCCCUGGAUACGCGCUGCCACCUACAGAUCCCGAGAAAGACGGUGUAUGACCAACUCAACCACAUCCUGGUGUCUGAUAGCCACCUCCCCGACAGCAUCAUCCUCAUCAACACGUCAGACUGGCAGGGCCAGUAUCUCUCAGAUAUGCUGCAAAACCACCACCUCCCAGUGGUCUGCACCUGCACCACGGCCGACAUCCAAGCUGCGUUCAACACUAUAGUCUCCCGCAUACAGAGAUUUUGCAACUGUAACUCCCAGACGCCCAUUCCCAUAAAGAUCGCGGUGGCCGGAGCGCAGCACUACCUCAGUGCUGUUCUGAGGCUUUUUGUGGAGCACCUUUCCCACAAGACCCCUGACUGGCUCGGCUACAUUAGGUUCCUUAUCAUCCCUCUUGGUGCACAUCCAGUCUCCAAAUAUCUCGGCACUAUUGACUAUCGAUACAACAGUUUGUUCCAAGACCUUGCUUGGAGGGAGCUGUUCCACAAGCCGGAGGCUCCGGUUAUUGCCCAGCAGAACCCAGACGUGGUGUCGAGGGUAACUCAGUACAUGGUGGGAGCCAACGGCGCUCACCAGCUUCCCAUCGCGGAGGCCAUGUUAACUUACAAACAGAAGAGGAAAAAGAGCUUUCAUUUUGAUUUUGCAGUAAGCCCGGAUGAGGACUCGUGUCAGAAAUUCAUCCCCUUCAUUGGGAUGGUGAAAGUUGGCCUGGUGGAGCAAACAUCCGCAACGUCAGGAGACUCUGACGAUGCAGCCCCUCUGGGCUCCUCGCUGCUCUCCUCCACCCCUCCACAAGUGUCACCGGCUCUCAAAGAGGCGUCGCCCACCCCGCCCUCCUCGCCGUCCGUCACCACCAGCUUCUGCGCUUACAGUUCUGUAGGUCAGGGGGAGCUGAUGGGGCUUCAGGUGGACUACUGGGUGGCUCCCACAGAGAGGAAGAAAGACAUGGAGAAGCGGGACUCCUCCUCCAAAAACACUCUGAAGUGCAAUUUCCGCUCGCUGCACGUCAGCCGGCUGCCACUGGGGGGCGCCGAGCCGAGCCCGCAGCCCACCAUGUCCAUGACUGUGGUGACCAAGGAGAAAAAUAAGAAGGUCAUGUUCCUGCCAAAAAAGAGCAAAGACAAGGAGGUGGAGUCGAAGAGUCAAGUGAUCGAGGGCAUCAGCCGGCUCAUCUGCACUGCGAAGCACCAGCAGACCAUGCUGAGAGUACUGAUCGAUGGCGUCGAAUGGAACGACGUCAAGUUUUUCCAGCUGGCGGCUCAGUGGUCCUCACACGUGAAACAUUUCCCCAUCGGCAUCUUUGGGCACACAAAAGGCCCGUACUAGCAGCACUUAAGAGAC